AUGCGUUUCUCACCCCUACUUUUUGCCACCGCUGCCAGAGCAGCAGUUCUAUGGGAUGGAAGAUUCAACGAAAUGUCCUCGAGCGCAGACUUGAACACCUGGUCUUGGAGUAACCAAGUCGGACCCUAUCAAUACUACAUCGUACCUCCUCACCCAACCCCCUCAACAUCCCUUCCAACCUAACAUACCCCAGCACGGUUCCGGCACCGUAAACAAAUACGUCAAUCUCUCCCCCGACUACAAGAAUCCCUCAGACGGGGGAUCCAAACAAGGCGCCAAAUUCACCCUCGACAGCACCGCCUUCUGGAACGGACAAAACAUGCGACGCACCGAACUCAUUCCCCAGACUACAGCUGCGAUUGCCUCGGGAAAGGUGUUUUAUCACUUCUCCAUAAAGAGGAGUGGGACGAAUGCUCCUUCGAUUUAUAGGGAGCAUCAGAUCUGCUUUUUUGAGAGCCAUUUUACGGAGUUGAAGAGUGGGUGGAUUUCUGGCGCGAGUGGGAAUAGCGAUACCAGGUUGCAGUGGUUUGUUGGGGGACAGAGUAAGUGGAGUGUUGAGUGGGUGGCGGAUGUUUGGCAUAAUGUUGCUUAUGAGAUUGUACGUUCUCACCUUUCUCUUUCUUUUCCUCUACCUUUCCCUCCCUCCCCCUCCCGGCCUUUCUACCCAUAAAUCGUCAACCAUGACAACUAACCACCUCAACAACCCAGGAUUUCUCCGCAAACACAGUAACCUUCCACCACUCCACCGGCUCCGCCCCCCUCACCAAAACUGCCGGUCCCGUCUCCGCAUCCACGUCCUCCAACGGCGCGGACUGGCAUCUUGGUGCCCUCGAACUCCCCGUCUCUGGCCGUUCAGACACCAACGAGGAUUUCUACUUCUCGGGUGUGUAUAUCGAGGGCGGAUCUCUGACUACAAGUGUCGCUGGACCUGGAGGUGCUGUCACGACGCCUAGCUUGACGACCAAGAUUGGGAGUGCGACGACGAGUGUUGUUGGUCAGGACCCGACUCCUGAGCCAGCCCCUGCCCCUGCGCCGGCGGGGAGUUUGGCAAAGUAUAGUCAGGUAUGUCUAUUUUUUCAUUCUUUGAAAUCGGAGAUGAGUUUUGUGGGAAGGGAUGAGGCUAAUUGA